GUGUUCAAUGUUAAAAUAAAAAUGACAGCAUGUUGUCCUGAAGAAUGCAAAAUUGGGACGAGUUUCUUUUAUAAAAUGUUAGUGUCUAUUAAACAGAUCCAGUCGUUAAACAACAAACCUGACGGAGUUUCUUUGGAAGAACUAGCUAAGCAUAUGGAAGAGACCUACUGCCUGUCUGGAGAUAUUCGUAGCCAAUUGGAGCAUUCUCUGAGCAUAGCACAAGAAUCUAGACUGUUGAUCAAGAAGAAAAAGUAUUACUCUUUAAUAUGUCCAGCUGCAAAUAUACAUCUCAUACCCACACAAUGCGUAAAAGCUAAAUUAGAAAAAAUUGAACAUUCUUUUAGUGAAAACAAACAUAGAAAAAGAGUAAAUACAAGGGAACAUAUAGAAACCAAAAAUUCAACCAAAAGAAAAAGGAAUAAUAAUGAAGGAAAAAGAAGAUCCAAAAGGAAACCUGAAAAUGAUUGCCAAUGUUCAGAUAAUGAAGAGUGUUUAGAAUUAGGCAUGUCUCAUUCACAAAGUUCAAUGACCCUUCCAAGUAAAUCUUGUCUCAGAUAUAAUUCUAAUAGACCAGCAGCUUAUAGUGAUACUUCUUCAGAUAGUGGUGAUUCAUAAUAACAAAUUGUAUAUUAUCUUGGUAUUAAACUAUUUUAAUAACUGCUUAAGUACUUCAUUUGAUUCUUGUGA